AAACCCCCUCUAAGCUACAUCGCCCUCAUCAGCCUGGCCAUCAUGAACAAGGACGAUAGGAUGGUGACGUUGAGUGACAUCUACAGUUUCAUCAUGAAAAACUUUCCAUACUACCGCAAAAACAGGCAAGGCUGGCAGAACUCCAUCCGACAUAAUCUUUCUCUGAACGAGUGCUUCAUCAAGCUGCCUAAGAAGAAAAAUCAGGAUGAUGACAAGGGAUGUUAUUGGACGUUGGAUCCGUCCUGCUACGACAUGUUCAAAGAUGGAAGCUACCUUAGGAGGAAGAGGAGAUUUAAGAAA